GAAGGGUUUGAAACAGACGCAUUAUUAUGGUGCCUUGCAUGCAAGCUGAAACACACACACACUAACUGCAUAGAGUCUGACUUUUAUCAAGUUUACAGAAUGGGAGCGUUUUUAAAAAUCUUGAUUCUGAGCAUUAGUGUUGCUUACAUAGCUGUGAAGUGGACUGGGCCAAGUUUUGAUCCAGCAUCUCUCAAAGGUGCCAAGGUGUUGGUGACAGGAGCCAGUUCAGGCAUCGGUGAACAAAUGGCAUAUCAUUAUGCUCGCUUUGGAGCUCAGAUUGUUAUCACAGCAAGGAGGGAGAAGGUUUUACAGCAGGUUACUGAGAAGUGUUUGAGUCUGGGAGCCCAGAAAGCUCUCUUCAUACCAGCAGACAUGUCCUCUGAGUCAGAACCUGACAAAGUCAUCGAUUUUGCUGUGAAGAAACUGGGAGGCUUGGACUAUCUGGUUCUCAACCACAUUGGAGUGACUCGCUUUGCCAUGUGGAAUGGAGACGUGGAUCAUGUCAGGUGGCUCAUGAAGCCCAAUUUCUUCAGCUACAUACAAAUGGCCUGGAGGGCCUUGCCCACAUUGGAACAAAGUAAAGGCUCUUUGGUAAUAGUGUCAUCAAUAGCAGGGAAAAUGAGCAAUCCUUUUGCAGCCCCAUACACUGCAACAAAAGCUGCCUUGAAUGGAUUCUUUGGCUCCCUCACUCACGAACUUGCAAUGAAGAAAAGCAACGUGUCCGUCUCGUUAUGCACUCUCGGAUUUAUUGACACUGAAUCAGCACUGAAUGCAGUCAAGGGAAUCAUUACGGCACCAGCGUACCCUGCUUCAGAAGCUUCAUUGAAUAUCAUCAUAACAGGAGCAACAAGGCAGCCGGAGCUGUUCUACCCCUGGUUCACAUAUUUCAUGAAUCUCAUCAAAGACUGGUCCCCCUCCUUAACAAACCAUCUCAUCCGGAACUCCGUUAACUACAAUCCAUAGAAAACAUGUUUAUGAUCACCCCCUCCUAAAAAAAAAUUACAUAUUUGAUUCUGAAAUGCACUUACAUCUUACUUACAAUCAAAUGCACUUUAAUUUAGUGUAUGAACUUUUUAGAUUACACUUUUUGACCAUCGUUUUUGUUUAUCAAAUUCAAAUCACA